UAAUGGAAUGGUUGCUUAGCAACGUAUCAUUUAGAUUGAAUAAUAACAACUUAAAUUAAAUUGAAAUAAUUUAGAACUCAAUUGUUAAUAAAUUAAAAAUUAAUAGUCUGCAACUAAUUAUCUUUACUAAGAUAGUGUUAUGGCAGAAUCAGAUAUGCAUACUCAUGAGUUAAUUUGUAACGAUAACAGUACAAAAGAGUUUUUGUUACACGAGAAAACUUGCGAAGCAUAUAAGGAUAGUGACGAAGAGAUUAAAAUGAUAUUUAAGGAAAUUAAAAAGCUCUCGGUUUCUAAAAAUAAAGAUACAGAAAUAGGCGAGGAUGUUGAUGAUGUGGACUUAAUUUUAAAAAGAGCGGAGGAUAUUGCCAAUGAGACUGAAAAUAUUUUAAAAAGUAGCCCCGUAGCGACGGUUGUGAAUGGUAUUCGUCCAUAUAUCGAUUCCGGUAACAUACCACAAAUAAAAGUUACUAAGCCCAGUGAUAAAGAAAUUCGCAUAGGAGAGUAUAAAACACUAUUUAAUGAAAAGAAUUACCAAAGUACAAAGCAGGGUAAUAAGGAGGUAAACGAAAUUCGACGUAAGCCUAAGCUGAGGCCUUUCUCUGCUGGCGUCAUCGAUUCAAAGAAAAAAGAGGCGGCGAAAGUAGCGAAAUUUACAACGAAUACACCGAAAAAAAACACGAAUUGUAAACACGAAUCCUUAGUAGAAGAAUUAAAGGACACAAAUGAAAGAAUUAAAAGUUUAGAGUUACUUAAUGUACAACUAACAGAUGACAAUAAAAUAUUACGUAAGAAAUUAGACCAGGUGAAUGAAGAGAAAUAUGUAGCUUCAUUAAAAGUUGCUGAAUGCGAAAAAUUUGUUCAUCGAUUAUCAAGAGAAUACGAAAAUAGAAAUUCAGAACUUCAGAAUUGUAAGCGAAAUGAGACAAAUUUAAUGAGUGAACUAAAUAAAGAAAGGAAUGAAAGAAAAAACAUAGCAAUACAGCGUGAUAAAGAUGCACAUACUAUUCAAGAUCUUCAAAGACAAGUGAAGGAGAUGGAAAUGAUAUUGAAAAGAAAACAUCCCGAUUCAGUCUCGGCUUUGAUAGUUGCUUCAAAAACAUCGUCGAUUGAAGAUAAUAAGAAGAAAUUAUUGGAAGAACGUAUUUCAAGAUUAGAACAGGAACUUAAAGACAAGGAGAAUCAUUUUCAGAGCAUUCUAUUAACUUUACAAGAAAAAUUUGGGGACAUGAAGCAAAAAUAUGAAAGUCACAUCAUAGAUGUAGAACGGCAGCUGAUGGAAGAUCGUAAAGUGAAUAAUGACUUAAAGAUAAAAAUAAAUAAAAAUAAUUUAACUGAUGCCGCCAUUCAAACUAUACCUCGAUUUCAACACACGGUCGCUACGCAAACAUUCAUUAAAUCAGAUCGAGCUGCUUCAGCAGUGAGCCGAUUAACACAAAAUUCUGCACUAAUAUUUAAUAAAUUAAAAGAGGAUAGUUAUUUGGUAGCUACAAUAAAGGGCCUUCAAGCUGAACUGACUGUCAAACAACGAACUAUUUCUAAGAUUAAUCGAGAAACAGAAGAGCUUAAAAAGAAUUUACGGAAUUCACAAAAGGAAAGAGAAGUUUUAAUGAACUUGAACCCACAAAAGAAAAUAGUUUGUAAGCCAGCGAAGUCAGCAGAAAAUAUAUUGGCAAGAGUGAACAGUGAAAUGGAAACGGAAUUAGGUGAGAUUAGGAAGCAGAAAGAAAACUUAAUGCAAGAAAGAGCGGGAUUAUUUGCAUCGCUUAAACGCACAAAUGAAGAUUUGAUAUUGCUGAAAAAGAAGAGGAUUCAAGAUCUCCAUACUCUCCAAUUGGCACAUGAAAAGGAACUGAUGCAGAUGAAUAUGCAAUUGUAUCCGUUGCAAGAAGAAAUAAAGCUACUCAAUCGAACUGUUGAAAUACUCCAGGAACGAGUGAGGGCCGCUGAAGAUAAAGUGCUUAGGUAUCAAAGUGACAGAGGCGACCCUCAGGCCGGUGGAGAUAACCCGCUGAGUAAGAGUAAUAAUCGUUGAUCGUUUUGAUUUGUGUGUGAAAAUUUACGGUAUGGAUUUUGUUUUUGGUUCGUGCUUUCUAAAUUUUUUUCCCAAACAUGAAACCGAUGCAGGCUGAUAGUUUGUAAUAUAUUAUUAGCGAAUUUAUGAAGCUAGUUAUAUGCACGUCUGC